UUGGAAAGGAGCAGAAAUCUGGAAUUCUCUUGCAAAAGUCUGUCCCUCCCUGGAAAUCCAGCCAGGAGCUCUCCUCGCCGGGCCGUCAGAGGCGUCCCACGCUGAGGGAUCCCGUGUGAUAUGUGGGGCCUGGCUGCCGGGGGAGGUGCCCGAUGCCUGUGAUCCCCAUCCCCCGGCGGGUCCGCUCCUUCCACGGCCCCCACACGACCUGCCUGCACUCGGCCUGCGGCCCCGUGCGCACCACCCACCUGGUGCGCACCAAGUACAACAACUUCGACAUCUAUCUCAAAUCCCGCUGGAUGUACGGCUUCAUCCGCUUCCUGCUGUACUUCAGCUGCAGCCUCUUCACCUCCAUCCUCUGGGUGGCACUCUCGGUCCUGUUCUGCCUCCAGUACCUCGGCAUCCGCAUCUUCCUGCGCUUCCAGUACAAACUCUCCAUCAUCCUCCUCCUGCUGGGCCGGAGGCGCGUCGACUUCAGCCUCCUGAAUGAACUGCUCAUCUACGGCAUCCACGUCACCAUGCUGCUCGUGGGGGGGCUGGGCUGGUGUUUCAUGGUUUUUGUGGAUAUGUAAAUAAAAACCAAGCGCAUGUGGGCUCAGCAGGUGGCUUUUCUUGCGCCCCAAGACGUGUCGAUAACCCUCUUUUUAACAGUAAUUAAUUAAUUUGUC